UGCAGUCGCAAGUUGAACCCUCACCGUGGCUCUUCUGACACACACAACCUGUAUGACUCUCAGCAACAGAGAGUCAGCGUCAGAGUUAGACAGUACUGCACUGGAACAGUGUACUGUCUCUGGAGAUUUUACAUCUGGACUUAUAUUUAAAGGAGAAAUGACUCUUCCACCUACAAGCAUCCCUGCUAACUUCAGUGAGGCUAUACAUGGAGCCCAAAACAACACAACUAAUUGUUCUCCAGGACCGGAAUCAGGAUGGAUCGUCACUGUCGUGCCAGUUUAUAUCCUGGUCAUCUCUGUGCUGGGGAUUGUGUUUAAUGUGUUUGUUAUGCUGGUUUUCUGCCUCCAUAAGAAGCCCUGCACCAAGGCUGAGAUCUACUUGAGCAACCUGGCUGCUACUGACCUUAUGCUCAUGACUUGUUUGCCCUUCUGGGCUGUCAACGUAUCCAGGAACUAUAGAUGGACUUUUGGUCUGUUCAUGUGCAAAUUCGUCAACACGGGCAUUCAUAUGAAUGUCUAUUGUAGCAUCUACUUCCUCGUUCUGAUUAGCAUAGAUCGCUAUUUGGCACUGGUGCAUACAAUGUCCCUUAACAGAAUGCGUACCCGAAAAUGUGCUAAACUGGGCUGUCUGCUGGUGUGGGGUUUGGGCUUACUCCUGAGUGCCCCCACAAUACACUACAGGAGACUAAAAUAUGAGAAUGAAUGUACUUCAUGCAUUCUUAAAUAUGAAAGUGAACAUACACAGUUAGUGUUUGAGGCACUGCUGAUUACAUUCAGCUUUAUCUUACCUAUUUCUAUUAUUUCCUACUGCACUGUCAGGAUUAUUAACUCUUUGAGAAAUCGGUUUCUGGAGCAGUCAAACAGCCAGACAACAGACCACAAGGCCACCAAUCUGAUGUUGGCAGUCCUUCUGGCUUUUCUGAUCUGCUGGUUGCCAUUCCACCUGCUUAGGAUGGCAGGAAUGCUCUGGAGAGCUGGGAUCCUGUCAUUGAACAUCCAAAGCUUUAGCAUCUGCUCCCACAUUUUCAUGUACUUAGCCUUCUUCAACAGUGUUCUCAACCCCAUCCUCUACGUCAUUGUAGGAAAGAACUUCCAGAACAAAGCUAAGGAAGUCUUCAAGCAGCAAAGACGUAAAAUGACUUUAAACAUGACCUCCGUACACUCAAGCCUGACGAGAAGCACAAAAACGGAUGACGAAUGCUGAUCUACAGGAUUAUGAGUGUCUAGGGUAUCUUUCAUGGACUGUGUGACCCAGAGUGGAAAAGGAAAACAAGACAUGAUCACAGGUGACAAUAUAUGGCCACAUAUCAGCAUUCUGUUGUGUUUAUUAACAUCAACACAUGAAAGAAAAAGAUCAGCAUCUUGUUGACAUUCUCUACUCAUAUACUCAGAUAUAAGGGCUCAAAUUACUGCACUGCAUUACUUUUUUCAUCUAAAUAUCUCUUCCAAGCGUGUAGGAGAAACUACUAUGGUGAAAUCUAGAGUCUAUGUAAGAUGACCUGCUCUCUGUAGAUAAAGGGCUUGGUGAUUAUACACACUGAAAACAUACAAAUGAAUAUAUAUAUAUUGAAUUUCUACCCAUAUAUCCUCCUAAAUAUUAUACAGUAUAUCUUUCAGUAUGACACUUUCAUGGUAAUAUGUUCAUGCUCGUCUGUGUGCCUGUGACUAUGUGUCUGAUGCUAAACAAAUGUCAGCCUAUCUAUUACGUUACUAUCACACUGCAUAUUUGCAUGCCUGUAGAUUUUGUUGCUUUUCUCACUAUAUUUAUGAUUUAAAGUCACACUAGACUGAAGAAUAGUGACUUACACAGUCAUGCCGGUAUCUCUUUACAGUGUGAACAUGUCACUGUUGCUGAGACAACCUCUGCAUAUCAACUGUAAAACUUUAAUGGAGUGGCAUAAAUGGAAAAGUCUUUUUCUGACCUACAAAUAAACGUACAGCUG